AUGGCUGGCAGGCCGCAGUCCCCGAGCAGUGCGGUUUGUGCGGCCGCCUACCCCGACACCCCCGCGGAAUUUCCCCCGCACCUCCAAGCCGGAGCGAUGCGGCGCCGUUUCUGGGGCGUGUUCAACUGCCUGUGCGCCGGCGCUUUCGGGGCCCUGGCCGCCGCCUCCGCCAAGCUGGCCUUCAGCAGCGAGGUCCACACAGGCAUAUGCGUGUUAGGCAUUGUUGUCAUGGCUUUCACCAAUUCUCUGAUGUGGACGUUCUUUAGCCGGGGCCUCAGUUUCUCCAUGUCUUCGGCCAUUGCAUCUGUCACAGUGACCUUUUCAAACAUCCUCGGCUCGGCUCUCCUGGGCUAUGUGCUGUACGGAGAGUGCCAGGAGGUCUUGUGGUGGGGAGGAGUGUUCCUCAUCCUCUGCGGACUCACCCUGAUCCACAGGAAAUUCCCGCCGACCUGGAAGGCCCUUCCACAGAAGCAGCAGUAG